GAUCUCAUGGCUGUUGUGGUGUAUGAUUUAGGCAUUUACAUCAGAACUGAAAUUAUCCUCUAUUCCAUUAAUUGUUUUCCCUUAAUAACACAAGCAAAAAAUCUCCUUUAUGUUUUAGACUAUAAGAACCCAUCUAAGUGGGUCCAAGUUAGGCCCAUGUCACAUUCAUUAACUAUCAUAUCACAUUCAGUAACAGUUGUAUUAAGGUGUUGACGUUGUUAGCAUGUGAGUCAUGUUAGUAAUAAUGUAUAGUGGGUUCCUUUUCUAUUUUGUGCAGCCAACUACUUGAGCAUUACCUUUCAUGUUUGUGGGUGCUUUGUGCAUAGUUGUUUGCCUAGAAACUGCCCCUCCAUGGCCCUACUUUUCUUGCUCGUUCUUUGGACUGCGCAUGUUUUUGUUGGGUUGGAGGUAAAGGAGACUGUCUUGGCAUUGUGUGGUAUCAAUGGAAGUGGACUGAAUAAGAAAAAAAUGAUCAUUCUCUCUGUAAAACCUCAAGUUGUAAAGGAGGUGGUUUUGGAGUUGAAGCCACUGCUUUCAAGGAAGAAACUUCUCGUGUCCAUUGCCGCAAGAACAAAAUUAAAAGAUUUGCAGGAAUGGGCUGGCCAUGGUCAAAUAAUCAGGGCAAUGCCAAAUACUCCUUCAACUAUUGGUGAGGCAGCAACAGUUAUGAGCUUGGGAGAAAUGGCAACAAAAGAAGUUGAAAAACUUGUAGAGUGUAUUUUUAGAGCAAUUGGCAAGAUAUGGAGAGCGGACGAAAAAUUCUUUGACGUAGUCACAGGCUUGAGUGGCAGUGGACCAGCAUACAUAUUUCUAGCAAUAGAGGAUAUGGCUGAUGGAGGAGUUGCUGCUGGUCUUCCACGAGAUCUUGCAUUGAAGCUAGCUUCCCAAACAGUUCUGGGAGCAGCUGCUAUGGCUAUCAAUUCAGGAAAGCACCCAGGACAACUCAAAGAUGAUGUUGCAUCACCUGCAGGAACCACCAUUGCUGGUGUUCGUGAGUUGGAGAACGGCGGAUUUGGUGGAACUUUGAUGAAUGCAGUCAUUGCUGCUGCCAAUUGGAUUCGAGAGCUUUCAGAGUGGUAGUUCUGAUAUAAACAUCUUCCAUUUUCUCCAUUGCAGAUUCGUUCACACUUGAUUUAAUUGCAUGUUCUAGAAGCCGAAGGAACAGAUUUUUUUAUUAUGAUACCACACAGAUAUGGUUAUUGAUGUGUAUGCGGAAAUAGGUGUCUCAUACAUAACAUGUUAUUGAUAAUCAAUUUUGUAGUUUUUACUUGAAACAUUCAAAAAAAAAAUUUGU